AUGUUAGAAGAUGGAAGCGUACCGCAAAAUGUCUACAAGAAUGUGAGGAUAUACCCUGACUCACGGUUAAUGUCGAGUAAGGAAGCUAAUGGGUGUCUUACGAAGGGCGAUUGGCCGGAGAAGGUUUUCAAACCUUGCGUUUCUUUCAACACUGUUCCUUCAUACAUGGAUAACAAGGAUGAGGAGGACGGAUUAGACUUCCCGGGAGUCCAAAUGCCUCCGGAGUAUACAAUGGAAGAGUUUUACGAUGAUGAAUCCGGAUUUUCGUCUUCCAAUGCAGAGUAUUUCCUGCGCAAUCACUAUGUGGCGAAUGGUUCGUCAUAUGGGGGGUCGCCGCCUCCUCGGAAUCUUGGCAAAGGAUUGGCUUCGAUGUUUAGAGUCGCCCAAAAUGGCAAGAUUGUCAGAGUAGACUAUCCUACGACACCGACUAUUAUGAAUGAUGCGAUAGUGAUUAAUAGAGCACAGCCAGGCUGGGAAAAACUGUGGUAUGAGAGAAAGCGCCAGAUCGAAAGGAGGCUCAAUGCCAAGCAGACUUAUUUUCGAUAUCCAGAUAUUAUCUUCAAGCAGCAGCAGGCGCCGCGGUUGCGGUUUAUGAGCGAAGAUGGAUAUACUCCUUUAACAAAGAACGAACGCAGAAGAGAGAGGAUUCUGAAUGAAAAGGUCGGGUUUCCGAACACCCCGCGGACUAUUCUAUGCCACAUCAGCGGCAGGCGGCAUACCUGGGUCGCCUUAGAUUGGACGAUGAGGAGGCUCGCUCAGAACACAGACCACAUUGUCGUGCUGGCCAAUAUUCCUCGUUUCGCUAACAGUUCCGCCGGCUCUGGCAAUUCUUGCCAUCAUUCGCAGGCUCGAAGUGGGCGCGGCAAUCAAAGAUCCUCCCUGUCUGGAGAUAUUAAAGAUCCGAGAAACGCAGAGGAAUACAAUGAUGAUGUAGAGUGGACAUCUGGCUAUGGUGCAGAUGCUAUUUCAAACAAGCUUGAAGACUUAUUCGAUUACAUCGCAGUAAUAAUCCCGAAAGAUAUAACCGUUAGAGUGACCGUAGAGAUUGUGAUAGGGAAGACGAAAAAGAUAAUCCUAGAUGCCAUGAACGUGUACACCCCGGAAUUCUGCACGUCAACGACUUUGAGAUGGGAAAGAACAGAUAAAUUGGUGCAGUGGAAAUCUAAAAAUCUAUCAGAUGUUCUGUGCACAAAGUAUCCGAUACCUGUGUUUGUCAUACCAGUCAAGAGAAUGUACGAUCUGGAACAAGAGUUACAGGAGGAAUUCCCGCCAAAAGCCAGUCAUUUAAGCUAUGAUUCAUUGCAAAUUGCGCAAAGCCAGUCGCCUCCUUCUGCUGGUAAGCUCGAGGACAGUAAAUCGCAGGUCGGACAAUCGCCGAUUUUGUUGAUCGAGACUGCCGACAGCGAAUCGAGUUCGGACUUUUCAGACUCCAUAACUGACACAUCCUCAAUAAGAUCAAUCUCCAAAAGCAACUUGAUUGCAGCGGCAAAGAAGCACAGAGAAGAUAUAUCGCGAAGCUUGAAGGAAUUCGAGAAUCAAAAACAUGACUCGAAAGUUACAAAACUUCUCGAAAAGCUAGAUUUGAUUCUCAAAUCGUCGUUGGAUUUCUCCUUGCAGGUCCAAAACAUGACUCAAAAUGACAGUGAAGCAGGAUUCGAAAAGUUGAAAAGAGUUAUCACAGGUGAGACAAGCUCUGUCUCUGCUUCCAAGAAAUCCAUGUUGGAUGUUGCGGAUGCACCUAAGAGAAAUGUCUACAAGAACGUUCCUGACUCAAGGCCUCGUAACAGCCAGAUAAAAUUCGCGUCAGACGUCACUUCCAAGGAUGGCAGGCGCGCACUCGGGAAUAAAGCCAAACCCACCUCUGCAGACGUCUCACCUCCACUGCGAAGAAGCAUUUCGCCGCUCGAAUUGGAAAGGCCACCAAGACGUAGCCAUGACGAGCCACUGCGCAGAAUGAAGAGUGCACAAUCAUCCAACACUAUCAGAAAGGUUAGAAGUGCGAGCAACAUAUCCCGCGUCAAAUCCAAUGACUCUGUGGCGAGUGACAGCUCCUCCUCCUCUAAGAAAAAAGGCGGGUUUCUAUCCAUCUUCAAAGGCAGUGGCUCUCGAAGCCGGUCCACCAGCAGACACAACAGUAUCGGCAGCGAUAACGAGACCAUCAGCUCUUCCGAUGGCGAUUCCAAGAAGAGAAGAUCAAGGCUAUUUGGCUUUUCUUAG